UGAGACAAACGCAAAAUGCAUAGCACAUGACGCUCCAUUCUCUUUAUUUUGGCUUCACACUUUCACAUUUAUAUGCAACUCUAACAAAGUAAGGAACAGCUUCCUAGCUGGUUAGCAGAGAAAGAUGCCUGAAUAUUGUGUGACUGGAGGUACAGGGUUCAUAGCUGCCUACUUGGUGAAGGCUUUGCUAGAAAAUGGCCAUGUUGUGCGGGCCACUGUGCGAGACCCAGAGGAUUUGGGGAAGGUUGGUUAUCUGCGGGAGUUGAAUGGAGCCAAGGAAAGGCUUAAGCUGAUCAAAGCUGAUCUAAUGGUGGAAGGAAGCUUUGAUGAAGCUAUACAAGGCGUGGAUGGGGUUUUCCACACCGCAUCACCAGUGCUCGUUCCGUACGAUAACAAUGUUCAGGCGACUUUGAUCGAUCCUUGUAUAAAGGGCACCUUGAAUGUGCUGAGUUCCUGUUCGAAGGCACGCGUGAAAAGGGUUGUGCUCACAUCUUCUUGUUCUUCAAUAAGAUACCGUUACGAUGCCCAACAGGCCUCUCCUCUCAAUGACUCACAUUGGAGCGAUCCUGAAUACUGCAAACGCUUCAAUCUUUGGUAUGCCUAUGCAAAGACAACAGCGGAAAAAGAGGCGUGGAGAAUCGCAGAGGAGAGUGGAAUGGAUCUAGUGGUGGUGAAUCCGUCUUUCGUGGUUGGUCCUCUGCUAGCACCACAACCUUCAAGCACAAUACUGAUGAUACUGGCAAUACUUAAAGGUUUAAGAGGGGAAUACCCAAAUACAACAGUAGGAUUUGUGCACAUAGAUGAUGUGGUAGCUACACACAUUCUGGCAAUGGAGGAAAGAAAAGCAUCAGGCAGGCUUAUAUGUUCAAGUUCGGUAGCGCACUGGUCGCAGAUCAUUGAGAUGCUCAAAGCCAAAUAUCCAUCUUAUUCAUAUGAAAGCAAGUGUAGCAGCAAGGAAGGAGACAAUAACCCACAUAGCAUGGACACCACUAAAAUUGCUCAACUGGGUUUUCCUCCUUUCAAAACGCUCGAAAAAAUGUUUGAUGACUGCAUCACAAGUUUUCAAGAGAAAGGGUUUCUGUGAAUUGAUCCCACAAAUUGCAGCAAACUUCUCCUAGUUUAAUCCGUCUCUAUUAAUAAGGGUGUUAUGUUCUCCUCAUCUUUACCCUCUUUCUGUCAUAUUUUCCCCUACCUUUUUCAAAUUUACUUUUUCCCUUUAUACUUGGUUAAAGUCAUCCCUUCAAGGCUUCAAUAGUAAAACCAGUGAUAAUUUUUUUUUAAA